AUGGCGUUUGACUGGCAGGGCGACGGCAUCUCGGCCUCGGCGGACAUUGCGGAGCUCCUCCCCAACUACAAGUUCACCUUCGUCAGGACCAACGCCACGUCCUGCUUCGACCCCGACUACGUCAAUGGAGAAUACCCGUGUCUGAAGUCAUCCAUGCGAUUCGAACGACGCUACCGUAACCUCCUAAUCGGUGUCUACUUCCCUUCGUUACUCUUCGUGCUCGUGGCUUGGGCUUCGUUCUUCUGGCCCGCUGACGCCAUUCCGGCCAGGACCGUGUUGCUCAUCACCUGUUUGCUCACCACCAUUUCUCUUUAUACGAGUGUACAGCAGAUCACGCCGCCCGCCAACUACACGCGCGCCAUUGACAUCUGGUUCUUCGCCUGCAUCGUGGCCGUGGCGUCCGCGCUCUUCGAGUACGCCGUCAUCCUGCAGUGCGUCACUCGGGCGCUCUGCUGCGGCGGCCCUUUGCGCUCUCGUUAUAUAAGAAUGUUGAAGCAAUUGCAGAAGACCCAGGCAGAAAAAAUCAGGAUCACCCCUUCCAAUGACCUAAUUCUGUUUAUCAAGCCGAAGCCAACGGAGGAGGAAGGAGAAAGCAGCGACACUAGCAGCAACCUAGCAGGGAGGAACCACGUACAAAUUCUUGUUUUCUAA